AUGAGUGUGUAAAAUUGUGUACGCUUAAAAUUGUCGCACAUCAGACAACAAAUAAGCCGGCAAUCGUCAGACAGCCAGCACAAGUUUUACUUUAAUAAUUCACAACUUGAUUCACUGAGCUCUGCUAUUCAUUUCGAAGGUAUCUGUCAGAGCUGGCGGUUGUUGGCUUCUCAACGGAACUGAGCUUCAACGUUAAUUACUAAAAUUAAACUGAAAAUAAUUAAAAAUUUUAAAUAUAAUGCAAACUAGUGAAAACUAAUUAAAGUGUCAGUUUCGUAUGUGAAAAAUCAUAAAAGAAUAGAGUAUCGCUUAAAAAGUUAAGGAAGCAAAGUUAAUAUAAACGCGUUCCAACAGAAAGCAUCCAUCAAAUGCAAUAACGCAACCAACGGAAGCAAGUGGAAUUUUUUUUCGAAGUUAUGUGUUAACAAACGAUAAUAAGAGUUUUUGAAAAAAUUGGAAAAAUUUAUAAUUCAUAAUUUAUAAAUUUUAAAUAAAAACCGACUUAAUGAAAAACAACAACGCAAAAUCGGUGCAAUCAUUUAGGUAUUUCCUUUAUUGGUGAUUAUUUGUUGGGAACUCAUUAGAUUAUUCCAUUGUUUGCAAUGCAUAUAAUCUACGCUUAAUAACAACAACUUUACUGCAUAGUUUAGUACAACAAAUUAUGAAUUAAAAUAAGGCACUUAUUUCGAAUAGAGUUCCGAUUUUGUGUUUUUACAAAUUUUGUGUUAAUUAAAUAGAGAAAAAAAUUUAAAUAUCAAAAGACCGCUCCUGCUUACAACAAAGUAUUAAAUCUAAUUUCUAAUCUAAUUAAAAUCCAAAUUAAUUAAAUCGGUCAAGCACACAAAAUGAGAGGGUGCCACACAUUUUUACUAUUCACAGCUAUAGUAUUAUUUUGCGAUCUCGAAAAAAUUAACUCUCAAGAAUUUACUUACAAUGGACGCAUGGGUCCUGAUCAUUGGGGAGAUACAUAUAACACCUGUAGUGGUAAACACCAAAGUCCCAUAAACAUUAAUAUCGUAGAUGUAGUGAACAGCACUUUUUGGCCACUUGAAUUUCAUGAUUUUGAUGUCAUCCCUGCAAGUGCAGAGUUGGUCAAUAAUGGCCAUACAGUGGUCGUAAAACUUUUAUACCACAAUAUGCCGCCAACUAUAAGUGGUGGUCCACUACGCAAUCAGGGACUAUUUCAAUUCUCACAAUUUCAUUUUCAUUGGGGUGAAAAUAAUACAGUCGGAAGUGAAGAUAGAAUAAAUAAUGUUUCUUUCCCUGCCGAACUUCAUAUGGUCUUCUAUAAUGUCAAAUAUGAAACUUUCAAUGAAGCUGUAGUCAAUGAUGAUGGUGUCGUUGUCUUAGCAUUCUUCUAUGCGUUACAAGAGAACGACAAUCCAAAUUAUGCUGAAUUUACUGAACUAUUAAAUGAAGUACGUACUCCUGACACACAUGUUCCCUUUCGACAUCCACCCAAAAUGCAGCAGUUAAUCACCGAUGAUGUUGAAAAUUAUUACACAUAUCUUGGCUCCCUAACAACGCCACCCUGCAGUGAGGAUGUCACGUGGAUUGAUUUUGCGACGCCAAUUAUGAUUUCCACUAAACAGAUUGAACGUUUCCGCAGCCUCCACACACAUCAGGGAAAACCAUUGACACACAAUUUCCGCCCCAUACAGCCCCUUAACAAUCGACUCGUUUAUAGAGCCAUACCGCCAUUACCAAGGUUGACAGUUGAGUCCGAUAAAUCUAAUUCAGCAGCAUCAAUGGCCAUAUUUUUCCACAUUUUCAUUCUGUCGAUUCUAGUUUUAAUAUCACAGUAAAUUAUUAUUUUUACUAAAUUGAGUAUUAAAUCAUUUUUGAUUUAGUUUUGUAUUUAUAGAUUUCACCACAUAAGCAAUAAAUAUAUGAAAGUG